CAAACAAACAAAGAGACAGAGAGAAUCCCUUCCAAAUUCAACUUACAAAAAAAUAAAAAAUAAAAAAUUUAGAAAUGUACAAAAUUCCCCAAAUUUAAUUUCUGAAUGGAAACCCUAACCCUAAUUCUCACCCGAAUCCCCUUGUUCGGAUCCCUCCCUUUCUCCCGCUUUCGGAUCCUCCGUUUCUCUCUGUUCUUCGCCGGCGGCUGAAACCCCCUGACCUACCCCUUUAAUUUAAUUUUUAUUGCUUUUCCUUUCAUUUUUUUUAUUAGAUGUUAAACCUGUUAAUUUACGGAAAAUAGAGAAAUAGGAUAGAGAUAGAGAGAGAAAGAUAUGGAGAGUGGGGCAGGAUCAGAUGGAGUAGGAGUCGGGUCGAUCGUGUGGGUACGCAGGAGGAACGGUUCGUGGUGGCCGGGGAAGAUACUGGGGCCCGAAGAGUUACCGGCGUCUCACCUUACGUCUCCGAGGACCGGAACUCCCGUCAAACUUCUUGGCAGAGAGGAUGCUAGCGUUGAUUGGUACAAUUUAGAAAAGUCUAAGCGUGUGAAGGCAUUUCGAUGUGGGGAGUUUGAUGAUUGCAUUGAAAGGGCAGAAUCCUCACAAGGUAUGCCACCCAAGAAAAGAGAGAAAUAUGCUCGAAGGGAAGAUGCUAUCCUUCACGCACUUGAACUUGAGAAGGAAUUGUUGAGAAAAGAAGGAAAAUUGGAUAGACCUUCUGAUGCAAGAAGUAAAUUAUCUGGUUCUGCUAAAAAGGAUUCUGGAGGUUCAGAUAUUAGUAAUGGAAAACCUGAGAACUCAAAAUCAAAUCAAUCCAGGAGUCAAGAUACUAUUGUCAAGGAUGAGACAGUGAGCAGCCCUGUACACUUGCAAAAAGACCAAGUGGGAAAUCUGCCAAAUUGUGAAAAUGAUCAUGCUGAAAUCAUACCCCGGAUGAGAGGAUUGCAGGACUUGGGGCUUAGGACGACUCGCACAAAACAAAAGCUUACAUCUUUUGGUGCUUCGAAUGUUGAUGAUACACUAUCUCCUUCCAGCAGGGUUUCUAGCAUGGGAAGAACCACUCACAUUAAUGGUAAAUCUUCUUUAGAUGAAAGGAAAAGGCUACAUGAGGGAUUUACUGAGGGGUUUUUGGUCAAGAGAGGUGAAAGGAGCCACUCUUUUGAUCAAGUAUUGCACAGGAGUGUAAAAUUAGAAGUCCCUCAUUUUUUGCAACCUGACUUUGGUGUGGUUUAUACUUCUAUUUCAGGAGGAGAGCGGAUGGGAGGUGUUUUUCGAGCAAAGAGGAGCAGAUGCACGUACUUGCCAGCUGAGUCAUUUGAUGCUUUGGAAUAUAAAGAAAUUCUGCCAAACCAGAUUGAGAUGUCACCUUUCGGUUUUCUGGAAUAUGAUUCUUAUCCUUUUCCUAAUCACUUGAUUGAAGAUAAUACUAGUGAGUUCUUGGAAGAUGUUGAAUCUGGUUCUUCCGAAUCAACUUCCUCUGAAUCUGAGUCAGAUUCUGAUUCUUCUGAGACUGAACCUGAUAUGGAUGAGAAUAUCACUUCACAUUCAGGUGCUACUUUACGCAUGAAUGCUCGAUUGGGUGCCUUUCGAAGACCUGAUGCACUAGGAGGUGGAAGCAUGGGCCAGGGGGAUUCUGAUGAGUCAUCUCUUUCUGGUGAGAUGUCUCACUUUCAUCCUCAUGAUCAUAUUUCUGUGAAUGAAGCAAUGUCCAAAUGGCAGCUAAAAGGGAAAAGGAACAUACGGAAUCUGGCGAAAAGAUCCAUGGAUGUCGCAGAGAUAAAAGGUUAUGAUGGAUCUGCUCAUGGAAUAUAUCAUGAAGAAAGGGGAACUUUCAGAAGAAGGUCGUUAGGUCAGAGUUCUCGUAGAAAUCAUUACUUUAACGAUGAUGUUGAUGUGGCUGGUUUGAGCGCAAAAGAUUUCGGGACCCAAAUGGUUGGUUUUGAUGAUAGAGGAUAUUUGCAUACACAAAGGGAUUCAUCCAGAAGUAGGAAUAUUUUCAAUCGUAACAUCAUUAAUUGGAAAGGCAUGCCUUGGGAGAACCAUGCUGUUUUGAAAAGAGAGUGGGAAGACAAUGUGUUGCACUUUGAUCCGAUAUUUGCUGCCCAUCGUCAUUUUGGUGGGAAGAGAAGAUCUAUGUUGAUAGAUGUGGAUUUGAAAGUCCAAGCAGGCUAUCAGAAAGAACCCGUACCAAUUGUUUCAUUGAUGAGCAAGUUGGAUGGGAAGGCAAUAAUAGGCCAUCCCAUUCAAAUUGAAACCCUAGAAGAUGGUUCAACUGAGACCCUUCUCCCCACUAGUGGUUAUUUCAGCAAUGGACAAAUAAACCAUGAUGGAAAUAUUCCACUUCCUCCAGCAUGGAGGACUGCCAAGAGGACCAAUUUUAGGGUCCCACGUCCUCAGCCACCAUGUGCAUUGGGUAGUUAUGAAGCUGCUGAAUAUCAUUCUUUGGAUCAUGAAGGAAAACCACCUUUCAAGAAAUACAAUGGAGAAAGUUCCAAUUACAAGGCAGGGCUGGUUAAAAAGAGCACCUGUCAUGUUCCGCGCUCUCCCACUGACAGGAAGUUCCAAAGAAAGUUACCAAAGAAAGUAAGCUUAUCUUCUAGCCAGAAAACAAGAACUCUGUCAUCAAUUGGUAUAGAACAUAAUCUCAGUUCUAAGCCUAUACAUGAUAGCAGUAACUGUGAAAUGGAUGGAUUAAUCAAACCAGAGUCAUCUGGACCACCCACAACAGUGGCUUGCAUACCUGUCAAACUAGUAUUCAGUAGGUUACUUGAAAAGAUCAAUAGGCCAGCAUCAAAAGCAGCUAGUAAAGUGAUUCUCUCCGGUAGUGAUACAGUAAGAGAUCCAUCAUAGAUUACAUUGUACAUUGAUACAACGAAACAUUAAUACUGUCAGCAAAAUAAGCAUUGCCAGUUUCCUCUUUUUGACAAAAAGCAUUCCCACCGACACUCCAUUGUCAGCAUUGUCAAGAUGAGGUGCCCGCCUUCGUUCCAAUAAUUAGAUCAACCAGGUAAUCAGCAUAGAAACUCAGUCAUAAUUUGAUGAACCAAUUCAUUGCUUAUAGCGUUUUUAGGCUUUCAUGUUUACUGGAAAUCUGUUUGUGAGGAAUCAAGGGAAGAAAAGUAAUGUAAGGUAGCAAACGGGUAAUGAGAAAUUAUGCCAGAAGCAGACAGUUUGGAAUUUGCAUAAAUGUGUAUCUGGUUUCCACAGGCCAACCUAUUCCUUUAUUCUAAAUACCACAGUAAAGUUCUAAUUUUUUACUCUUGAUUGAGCAGUCAGGAAAUGGAAGUCUAGUUUUACCGGUGGACGUAGAUUUUGACUUUAAAGUUGGACAUUUUAUGGCCAUUGCUAGGGAUGUAAGGGAGUCGAGAUCUUUGUAACUUGGAUUUGACUAAAAAAAAGUUUCAACUGAUUAAUUAUCAAGUUGAUAAUGAGCUCAAAUUAUUUGAGUAACGAGUUGAAUUAAAUUUGAGUAGUAUAAUAUGCAAUU